GGCCUUCAAGUCUUAGCGCAUCCGAAACAUGACGCUACCGACCCCAUCUCUUCAAAUAAAUUUUAUCGUUUGAUGUAAAGUAUGGAUAAGUCGGUUGAACGUGCUGAAGGGGUUCUCGUUUAUAACCCUAAAACUGUACCUCAUGGUGCCAUACAGUUAAAUCCUUCUGAGGCACUUGCUCUGCGUCUUCAAAUAAUCAAUUCAUGGAACAAACCUCUAGAAGUGUUACCUCUUAAGUUUGGAGGAGAAGCAGUAACAGUAGCUACCUUUUUCUCAAGUUUACUUGUAACUUAUCGCUCAAGAUCGUUUUUUAAUAUGUUCACUAGAGUUGGACUUGCUUUGUCUUUGGUUCCAUGCGUAUUUCUUCCUACUGGCAUCGCACACCACUGUUUUACCCGUUUUGUUUCUAAUCAAAUUCUUAUUGGACCCUCUAAUUCAAUGUUAUAUCCUGACUGUAGUAUUUGCUUACAAAUACGUGAAGCUCUAAUAAUGAAUACGUGUGGAUUGGUCCUACCCCUAGGCUUUGGCUUUCUCUCUUCUGCAGCCUCUGCACUUAUCACACGAUCUUACCCGGUACCUGACCUGCUUGAUGUUAAAAGUAUGUGGAGAAUGUUCAAACUCUAUAGUAACUCAUUUCGAACUGUUGGCACCUGUUUGCUUUUGGGUCAUACAAUAUUUGGAACAGCAUUGGUAUACGCUAUGAUGGAUAGUAAUCAACGUGUUCUCAGGCAGCAAAAGUUUAGUCCCAGUAGUGAUUCAUGUAAUGAAUGAUUCAUUGCAAACUAAAUCGAACUUUAGUGCUUGUUGUAAAUUGGUUACAAUUAAACUAAUAUAGAUUUACUUUACU